UUCACGACGAAUUAUCACAACAACGCUGCCCUUACGACAAACUUCAAGAAAAUGCCAGGGUCUGUACAAUAAACUGCAGCGGCCAAUUUGAAAGUAACAAUUCUUUACACGAUGAGGCACAUUGUGUCAGCUACACCCUAGAGCUUCUGUUGAACCAACGAAGUAACACCUCCAUUUUCAACGCAAAACACUGUAAUAUAUCAAAGUGCAUAAUGACCUGGAUCUCUAUAACCUGUGAUUUAAGAGAUCAAAAUGAAAAUAUCACUGUAAUUGGCGUUUCAAGCAUUAGUGAUUUAACAAACCAUCCAGAUUGGAUUCUGGCCUUCAGCUGCGGAAUAGCAGGUUGUGUCGUUGGUAUCUUACUUACUUUGACCAUACGAUGGUACAAGCACAGAUCACACAGAGGCAACACACAAACACCACCUAUGUUUAGUAACCCAAAUCAAGCAAUCAUUUUGGAUAAUUUUCAUGUGUAUAGUGAUGUCGAAGACACUGUCAAGAUGGCUGUAAAAGCAACACAAGUACCAUCACUUUACGACAAGAGCCCGACAAGUGUCCGAUCGAGGAGCUCGAACGUAUAUCAUGAACUCAGUGAUAAAGUGUACAACUUUCAUUCAACAAGCUUCAUUCAGAAACCAAGUUCAAGAACGAGUAGUGCCUCAGAUAAUUCUAUCACCAACAAAACUUCAAGGGGAAGUAGCCGAUCAUCAGCGGGGAGUUAUCUUAACGACAAUGCAGCACGAAGAGGAGGUGAUGAAAGCAAAAGAUAUUAUGAACUUGAAAAACGACCGGACAAUGUUAUGAAUAAUUCAAUGAAUGAUAUAUAUUGA